GCCAUUGCUUUCUGUUAUUGUGAAAAACAAACACUUUGCCAAACUAAUAACUAGGAAAUCAUUAGUGGUGGAUGACAAGAGUCAUUUUGCACACUGCUGUUUGCUGGUUACUAUUCUGAGUGUUCUACCAAGUACACCAGAGGAUGUAUUUGCAUAUUGGAUCUCACCUACUAAUUACCCAGAGGAGGAAUGUCGUCAUUCACUUUUGGAGGCAGUGUUUCAGUAUUUCAGUCGGUGUGUUGUGGAGAGAGGUAACUUUGUAUGAGCAUGUUUGUACUAGAAUGUGCUCUCUUGUGGCUUCCACACCAGCAGUAUGUUUUUCUGCUGUGGAACGAUGCCUGUUGGAGCACAUCCUUCAGGAUGACCUGCUGUGUGCUUUGCUCUCGAGUGAUGUGUGGUGCUUCAUGGCAAGGUGGGGCUCUGCCGAGCUGUGUUCGGGACAUGUGAUAGUUCUUACUCAACUGUUAUCACAGUUGCCUGCUUCAAGUGCUGGUUAUAUCCAUUUGUCGCUGCUCAUUCAACGUCUUACUCGCCUUAUGGCUGUAGAACAUCAAGAGAAUCUUGCUGUUUCUUUUCCACCGUCGAAAGAAGAAAACAUCGCCGCGUGGUGCAUUUAUCCCUUACGAGAUAUGCCCGAGAGCGUCAAGAAAAAGGUUUGCCGUUCUCUUGUUCCCUUGUGUGUACAAGUUUGUCACUCGCGAAUAGCGAACCAAUCAGCAGAAGACAACGAGCUCAUGUCGCGCUGCUUAAGUUGUCUCCGGCGAGUUUACAGCCUACCCAAAACGGAAGGCUAUAUACCUCCUGUUCAUCACUCUGCUACCAUUGGUCUUAUCAACGACUUGUGGUCGCUUUGUUGUCAAGGAAGUGAGCAAGUAGAACGAUUUAGAAUCCAUAUGUGGUGCAAGUUACUGGAUUUGACGUCCACCUUGCUUCCCUUGAUCCAGCCUGAAGAUUACGCAACGAUACUUAUUGGCUUACGAAGUCUCCUUGAUAAGAAACCUACUGUAGGAGUUCGCCAGGCAGCCGCAGAGUUUCUCGGGAGAUGCGGUAGUAAAGAAAUCCCAGAACACCUUGAGUCCGCAGUGUUAAGCGACAUCAGCGCCAUGUUCUCCGCAUUGGUCAAUGACACGCACUGGUUGGUUCAUCAGCAAGCAUUUCAGAGCGUUAAGGCAUUCGCAGAGGUCACCCGAUACACUCACGUGAUGGGAGAUUGUGUUCCAGAGAAUUUACUUCCCAGUUUGUCAGAUUUUCUAAAUCAGCUUCCUUAUCGGCACAGUGAACUCGGAGUUGAAGACAUGACUGAAUUCGAUGUAGAGUUUUUAAGACAACAACUCGGAACGGAGGCAUGGAGUAAAACACAGAUCACGCCGUCCAAUGACAUUCAAGAAACAGAGAUACCAUUUAUGGACACAAGGGGUCGAUUACGGAACGAUAGUGCGAAUGAAAACAAAGAGAUAGAGCCCGAACCAAAACGUUUAAAAACACAGCACGAUUUACCCAGUGAAAGUCAGGGGGAGGCACUUUAUGAUGAAGCGAUACAGAAAUUGAAGAUACCUGUCUCAACAAUCCUUGAUCUUAGAAAGCAGUUUCCCCCUUCAGCAAAAGUCGUAGAGAACGUGGAAGAAAUUCAAACAUUGUUGCAAAAGUUUCUCAGCGGAAGCGCCGCUAAAUGAUACACUCGCCGUGUAGCAAAUCGCAACUGAGUGGAUAAUGAAUGACAAGAAUGCGCUUUAUGUGUGCAAAGUUUAAGUUUGCAUCUUCAAGGCAUUCUACAAAUGUUGCGCUCUUUUUUAUAAAUUCCGUAUUUUUCACACGCCUGACCUUUCACAGACACCAGAUUUGUUGACUGGACAUAUUAAUAUGUAUGCUAGAUUCGACUAGAUUCGAAGGAUGUUGUUUUUAAGUGAGUUUUUUUAUAACUUAUAAAUAAAGAAAAUUGAAAUCACCAGUA